CACAUCACGCGAAAUGCUACUCACUUUCCAUCCUCUUACUCACCUGAAACACUUGAACAGCUCAUGGUCCUCCCAUCCUAAUGGAUCUCAAAUCACGCAAGAAAUGGGAUUGCACAACGUGCUCAAAAACGUUCAAAAAUAAGCACUACCUUAACCGACACAUCAAGACGCACGACCUCCACGUCAAGGUGAAAUGUGAGAUUUGUGGAAAAACUUUAAAACAUGCGGGAAUCCGGUCUCAGCACAUGAAAAGAAGUCACAGCAGCCGAAGACGACCCAGUUGCAGCAUUUGUAAACGCAUGUUUUUCUGCCUUUCUAGUUUACGAAAUCACAUUGAUAGCGUGCACAGUUCAAUCGAACGGCCUCGUUUUCCAUGUGCAUUUCUCGGCUGUGAGAAAACAUACCAAACGAAGUUAGGUGUUUCGACACACGUGAAAACUGAACAUGCCGAGAAUCCGACCAGGUAUCCGUGCACAUUUUGCGGAAAGGAAUUUAAAGCCAGGGCUGACCUUCAAGACCACAUUACCACCCACACGACGGAAAAGGCGUACAAGUGUGCAAAUUGUGGAAAGGGUUUUGCACGAAUAGGUCAUUUAAAAUUCCACGAGAAGACGCAUUUGGACAAAUCCAGCCGAGACUUGUUACAUUGUCACGUCUGUGCUCAGACCUUUUUACGUAAAAGUUCUGUACAACGCCACAUCCGAGUUGUACAUGAAAAUCAGAGGAAUUAUCUGUGCAAAUUUUGUGCCAAAAGGUUUUCCAGCUCAGCACACUUGACACGUCACGUGGAGGCGAGACACCCGGGGAAUAUAGAACUGAUCUAUUCCUGCGAGCAAUGCGGAUACAAGACUCACUCAAAGGGCUAUAUAGCAGAUCAUAGGAAACGGCACUUAGCUGGGACCCGUGGAUGUUACUUUUGUGGGAAGAAAUUCAUCACUUUUCAGGAAUUGGUAAAACACUGUAGCGGCAUUCAUACUUUGGAGAAGUAGAAAUCUUGCUCAGUUCAGCGGUGAGUCGGGUCGAUGUUUUUUAAAACCUAUCCGCCUAAAACAUGACUCAAUAAUGGUCAACUCAAGGCCCAAGCUUAAUUUUAUCGUUUGUAAAUAAUCCACGUGCCUUUUGAAUAUGUAAGCACUUGUCGUCAGAGUUUAAAUAUUAUUUUGUAAAGUUGUUAACUUUUGUAAAUAUGUAAAUUCACGAAAACAUAUUUAUAAUUUUUAAGCAAAUUCCAUAUCUAAGAAGGUUGUGACCGAGUUAA